AUGAAAGAGAAAGGCAGGAAACGGAAGCUGGAUGUCGAAGACGCAAUUUACGAUGAAGCACAGCGCGGACUGGAACACCUCACAAUUCAAGAUACCAACGAGGUCAAGACAGAGAAGCCCAACGUCGUACGGCCGCUCCCUCAGAGAGCAAUAAAGAGAUAUGCGCCUUUUACGAGACUUCUUCCUCGGAGAUAUACCCAACCCCGCCCCUCCACGCAAGCUCAAGUGUUGUCCGACUCAGAAUCCGAAGAUGGGUCUGGGACCGACAACGCUGAUCCCGACGACGACGCACUGUGGAGUGAUGCAGGAGACGAGGAUGAUGACCUUGAUAUGCUCAGAUUGGCUGAUAUGACGAUUCGCGACUUCGACAUCAACGAGUUCCUUCAGACUGAUCGGGAUGGGAUAGUUCCCAAUCCGCCUGUCGAAUUUGAGCAACUCUUCACCAGCGUUUCGGGGAAGGGUGUAUGGAAGGCACUUCAACCGGUCCUAUCCAGCAUGAGGUAUACCGGAAAGGUGCAGAAGUGCAUAUCGGACAUGACCAUCUGGACGCCGUACAAAGAUCUCAGUCGAUGCAUCUCGGUGUACCCCGCCCAGCUUUACAACUUCCACACCUGCGCGCCCGAGCCUCCCACGGAUCGCAAGGCGUGCAAGGACUGGCCCCGAGUAGGCGAGUCGCGCGAUCUCUGCUUCUCCACGGGGGGCACCUGGUACUACUGCGGGACAUACAAGUGCACCGGCAUGUCCAUCUUGCGACUCGAAGAUCUCUGCAAACUCGACGAGUCCAGAUCUUACGCGCUGUUCAAUAGCCUCGCGCAACAGACGCCGCGAGUCCUGGGCGGCGAGUUCCAGCGGUCGACCGCCAAGACGAUGGGCGCCAUCACGAAGGCCCUGCGCGACCUGUACUGGGACGGAACGUUACCCAUCCGAUGCUAUGGGUUUCAGCUGGUUGGAUACGACGAAAAGGUGAAGGCGGCAUUCGUCAAGUGUCAAGCUAGCGUAAAGCAGAAGAAGGACAAGAAACGGCAGAAGGCGCAGAAGAAAGGGGGCAAGAAGAGGCAGCGACUGUCGUGA